CUCCUCAGCCGGGGGCUCCAGGAACACCGAACGCUGCUGCGCCAGCGAGGGCCAUGGGUCUCAGUCCUGCCUCAACCCAUCGCGAGUCCGCCCCAUCUGCCGCUUGACUGGAGGUCCAGGCGGCCAUCAUGGGCCAGUGCUACUACAAUGAGACCAUCGGCUUUUUCUAUAAUAACAGCGGCAAGGAGCUCAGCCUUCACUGGCGCCCCAAAGAUGUGGUGGUGGUGGCCCUGGGGCUGACAGUCAGUGUGCUGGUGUUGCUGACCAAUCUGCUGGUCAUUGCAGCCAUCGCCUCCAACCGACGCUUCCACCAGCCCAUAUACUACCUGCUUGGCAACUUGGCUGCAGCUGACCUCUUCGCUGGCAUGGCCUACCUCUUCCUCAUGUUCCAUACUGGCCCACGCACCGCCAGGCUCUCCAUCAAAGGCUGGUUCCUGCGGCAGGGCCUGCUGGACACCAGCCUCACGGCAUCGGUGGCCACACUGCUGGCCAUCGCUGUGGAGCGGCACCGCAGUGUGAUGGCGGUGCAGCUACACAGCCGCCUGCCCCGGAGCCGCGUGCUCACACUCAUCGUGGGUGUGUGGGCGGCCGCGCUGGGUCUGGGGUUGCUCCCUGCACACUUCUGGCACUGCCUCUGUGACUUGGAGAGUUGCUCACGAAUGGUGCCCCUGUUCAGCCGCUCCUACUUGGCGGCGUGGGCCCUAUCUAGCCUGCUUGUCUUCCUUCUCAUGGUGGCUGUCUACACGCGAAUUUUCUUCUACGUGCGCAGACGGGUGGAACGCAUGGCGGAGCAUGUCAGCUGCCAUCCCCGCUACCGAGAGACAACACUCAGCCUGGUCAAGACCGUUGUCAUCAUUCUGGGGGCAUUUGUGGUGUGCUGGACGCCGGGCCAGGUGGUACUGCUCCUGGAUGGCCUGGACUGUAAAUCCUGCAACGUGCUGGCUGUGGAGAAGUACUUCCUGCUCCUGGCUGAGGCCAAUUCACUGGUCAAUGCGGUGGUGUACUCCUGCCGAGAUGCCGAGAUGCGCCGUACCUUCCGCCGCCUCCUCUGCUGCAUGUGUCUCCGCUGGUCCAGCCACAAGUCUGCCCGUUACUCGGCUUCUGCCCGGACGGGUGCCAGCACGCGAAUCAUGCUUCCUGCGAAUGGCCAUCCACUAAUGGACUCCACCCUUUAAACCUUGGACUGAGGCAGGAGACAGGAGUUUCACCUGCAGCUCAUUGUCACUUGCAGAGUCCCUGACUCAAGCCAGCCCAGCAGAUGCAUGGCUCUUAAACACUCCCUGCUCCAGGGACAGAGAGUCUACCUGCCCCUGGACAGAGGGACUUGGGGACAUCUCCAUGCACCUGGGGAGAGCAUCCAAAUGGGACUUGGCCGUCUGGCUCUCAAUCAAUCUCAGGUUUUAGGGUUUUUAACAGACAUUUUCAUAUUUUUACUGUGUUAUCUCUGGAUGUCUCUGGACUGCUGCUUCCUACAUGGUGCUGUAGCUGUUGGGACAGAAGAGGUGAGAGCUGUCCCAGGCUAUACCACCCACCGUUACAGGGUAGGCUGUACUGUCUUCCCGAGGCGACUUUUGGUUGUUUUGCUUCUGAGACAGGAUCUCAUGUAGCCUAGGCAGCCUUGAAUUCACUGGGUAGGUGAAGAUGGCCUUGAACUCUUGAUGGUCCUGACUCCCAAGUGCUAGUACUGAAGCUGAUUCCUUAGAUGUGCUGAGCAGCCUGAGGGCUCACCUGCCUCCCUUAGUACGAGGGACCCCUGACACAGAGCAAGCCUUUCCACUCUGAGGUUGCAGAGCUGGGGGUUGGUUUGGUUUACUUCGAAUCUUUUCUGCCGGUUGGCAGGUGUUCUGCAUGACUUCAGUCCGUCUGUCCCAGUGUCCUCCCGUGGCCCCGGCCGGCCUUGAACAUGCUGCAUAGACUAGGUUGUUCCUGGAAUCCACUGUCCUGCCUCAGAAACCUGUAUGCUGGGAUUAGAGCUAUAUGCUACCAUGCCUAGCUUCUGUCCCUUCCUGGAGUCUUACAGAUGUUUCUUUCCUUUUGCCCCUGUCCUUUCUGCCGCAGUCCUACCUAGCUCUGUUUUACCUUUUCUGCUGCCUGCCCCACCCCCUUUUUUAGACCCAGAGUCUCCCAGCGCAGCCCGGUCCACCCUAGAGCUCACUGUGCUGCUCCGGAUAAACUCUCAGGGUUCUUCCUGCCUUGGCUCCCUGAGUGCCAGGAAUGACAAGCCAUAUUGAGCUGUGUCUGACUGCACAGCUUGGAAAGGCACAGCUCUGCAGGGGGGACCAGAAAACUCCAUGAGGAAGGGCCUCAGUGUCCUUUGGACUUUCUACUCCUGAGUCCCCCUCAGAUAUGCCAAGCCUGAGGUUAGCUCCCUC